CUACGCACACCUGUAGGCGGAUCUUUUCGAUUUUAUGAGGCGAUAUGUCUCUCACAGAUGAGGAAUACAAAGAUCGAUUUAAAGCGUAUGUCAUGGCUAACCAUGAAGUUGAAUUAAAAGAUAUAAUGUCCAUAGAGGAUGACCUGCAACAUUAUGCAGUCACUGUCAAUUUUGUUACGCUGUUUGAAACGAGCACCGAAUUAGGGGAUGGAAUUUUAUCUCGGCCAACUCAUCUUUUGCCAAUAUUUGAUUCAGCGCUCUAUGAAGCACAGAAAGCAAUUUUGUUGAAGGAGUCUUCAAAAGGCGACUUCUUCCUAAAAUCCCGAAUUCAUGCACGUCUCACUGCUUUGCCUGUCUGUCCUGAGUUACAUAGAGCAAUUUUCCCUCGAAAUGAUGAUGUUGGAAGUUUUUUGAGAGUGUCUGGAACAAUUGUACGCAUUACAGCUGCUAAAAUGCUUGAACACCAAAGGGACUUUAUUUGUGCUAAAUGCAAAUAUUCUUUCACUAUCAAAGCAGAAUAUGAGCAAUAUUAUUGCUUCUCACCCAUCACACAUUGUCCAAAUCCAGAGAAAUGUAAAGGAACCAUUUUCAACCCCAAUGAAAAAGUUGACCACAAAAAUUACAAAGACUAUCAGGAAAUAAAAAUACAGGAACAAGUGAGCAAACUGCAUGUGGGAAGCAUGCCUCGCUCUAUGUGGGUGACUCUGGAAGAUGAUCUUGUUGAUUCAUGCAAGCCAGGAGAUGAUGUAGUUGUUUGUGGAACAGUGUUAAGGCGGUGGCGUCCAUUAUCAGCUGGGACUCGAUGUGAUAUUGACCUAGUUGUUCAAGCAAACCAUCUACAGGUUUGCAAUGAUCAACGUUCAUCAGUCCUUGUCACUCAAGAGAUAAGAGAUGAAUUUGAAAAUUUUUGGAAAUCUCAAUUACAUGAUCCUCUUGGUGCAAGAAAUCGUAUUCUUGCUUCAUUUUGUCCACAGGUUUAUGGAUUAUAUUUGGCAAAGCUAGCUGUGUGUUUGGUUCUUACUGGAGGAGUCCAGCACUGUGAAAGUUCUGGCAGUCGUAUUAGGGGUGAAUCACAUCUAUUAUUGGUCGGUGACCCGGGCACUGGAAAGUCUCACUUACUUCGAUUUGCAGCCAAAGUUUGUCCACGUUCAGUAUUCACCACUGGCGUUGGGUCCACAUCUGCUGGGCUCACUGUCAGCGCUGUCAGGGAAGGUGGUGAAUGGCAACUAGAGGCUGGUGCUCUUGUUUUGUCUGAUGGUGGAGUAUGUUGUAUUGAUGAGUUCAACUCAAUCCGUGAAAAAGAUAGAACAAGUAUUCAUGAAGCAAUGGAACAGCAAACAAUCAGUGUUGCUAAGGCCGGAAUGGUGUGCAAAUUAAACACUCGUUGUACCAUUCUUGCAGCCACUAAUCCAAAGGGACAGUAUGACCCCAAUCAACCCAUGACUGUAAAUGUUGCUAUUGCUAGCCCGCUCUUAAGCCGCUUUGACUUGGUGUUGGUCCUUUUGGAUUCCUGCAAUCAAGAUUGGGACAAUAUGGUGUCAAGUUUCAUACUUGAAGGCAGAGAUCCACUGUCACAGUCAAAUAUUAAAAAAUCAAAGUCUCAGGCUAAUACCUCCAUAUCAGGAGGAAGUCUUCUGUCAGGCCUGUGGACACUUGAACAGCUACAAGCCUACUUUUGUACCAUCAAGACUUUGCGCCCUGUUCUUAGUUAUAACGCAAAUAGAAUUCUUGGUUCAUACUACCAAGCGCAAAGGAGAGCUGAUUCUCGGAAUGCUGCUAGAACAACAGUAAGAAUGCUGGAGAGUUUAGUGCGUCUAUCUCAGGCUCAUGCCCGUUUGAUGUUUCACCAAGAAGUGACAGUACAAGAUGCAGUCAUUGCUGUUUCACUUGUGGAAUCAUCGUUGCACAAUGACGCCAUUGUAUCAAAUUUAAGUGCACUUCACACAUCAUUUCCUUUGAACCCAAUGGAAGAUUAUUGGAAGCAAAUGGAUGGUUUACUACGCAAACUUAAUCUGUUGGACAUUUUAGAGGAGGAAUGUAAUCGCUGCAGACAAGAAUGUUUCGGAAGUGAUAAUGAUCAACAAAUACCAGAAAUGGCUGAUACGGAUGACAAUGAAACAGAAGAGGAAACAUCUCCUGCAAAGUGCAACAAAGUAUUUACCAAUCGAGAAGCAGCUAGUCAUAUGAGAAGUAUAGACCCUGCUUCAGAUUCAAAUUUAACCAGGCAACCCUCCAGUGAAGGUGAAUUACCCAUUGCCGGUGGAACCUCAGCCAUAUCAGAAAAAUUGAGUUCUGUUCUUAGCAAUAUUCGCCACACUAGGAAUCACAAUUUAUUAAGAACUGUUGAACAGCAGAGUUCAGUCGGUAUUAAAAGAAAACGAACAUCUGUGAAGGAGAAGUCAGCUCCAGAUGAUACGAGGGACUCCUCCAAUGCCGAGUCUCCUCAAGCUAGCAGGAAGAAGGCAAAGACUGGGUCACGGGACGCAGCUGGAGAACCACCCUCAGUCUCGACGUCACCUGUAACACCUUCAUCAAAGGGAAGAGGAAAGAACAAAAAAACAGGCAACGCUAGAACAGAUGUUCUUGAUGAAAGCAAUUUUGAUCCGAGUGCCAGUGCUUCCAAUAACACUACCAAAGAAUCUCCAUCUAUCCGAUCCAAAGUGGAAUCUUUAAAGAAGCUCUUCACUUUUUCCAAAGAUAAGAACAAAAUAAAGAAAGGAGAAACUUCCCCAGACCAAGAGAAGAAAGAUAGUAGAACAGGAGUUCCUUUAAAUGAGAAGAACAGUUCAAUAAUUGAUGGGAACCUAGAGGAGUCAGAAAAGUGUUCGUCAAAUGAUGAAUUGCCUGCAGCCACAUCAACACAAAACAAGAUCAACAUAGCUGAUGAAGAAAAGAUUAAAUGUUUAGAAUCACCAAGUACUGUUGAAAAGGUUCAAAGGAAUCCUCUAGCACCAAAAGUGGCCAUUUCCACUUUAGCUUUUCUGAAACUCCAGAAAUUCAGGAGCAAGACAGAUUCAAUUAGUUCAGAUAGUGGUCACAGCAGUGAUGGGAACCCUCCCCAUUCUAAAGACACAAACAUAGCUGACAAUUCACCUCCAAGAGUUGAUGUGUCUGCCAACCCUGUUCCUACAACCCAGACAAAGAACAACACACAUGACGCAUUCAAAGCCAUUAAAAGUCUUGGGAAGAAGCUGCAUAGCUCUCAAAAAAUGAAGGUGUCCACCAACUGUGAUAAUCGUGAUGCUUCGCAAAGAAUUCAGCCUAGUCAAGGGUCAAGAUGCAGUUCUCAAGUAUUUUCUGUUACUGGAGAUGAUUUUGACGAUGUUGACCUUGAACUGUAGAUUUUUAUUUCCUUCUAAUUAGUUUGAUUGCAUGUAAUAAAAGAUAUAAGAUUUUUUGUUUUUGUAUGUAUGUGUAAUUUUUUUUUGUCUCCAAGUGCCCUUGUGGUGGGAUAAGAAAAGGGACUACAGUAAAUGAAGAGUUAAAUAGA